AUGUCCGGCCCUCCCAUAUUCACUGCAGUAUCUACAUCUGCUAGGCAGUUGUAUCUGUUGCUUCGGUGCAUUGCCUUCUCCCAGCGGGCGGAGGUCGAGAUCACCCAACAAGGAAUCAAAUUCUCUGUCGAGGAAGCUCGAGUCGUCCAAGGCCUGACCUUUCUCGACAAAGCCCUGUUCUCGUCGUACAAUCUGAGACUCACAGAUGAAAAUCAUUCGCUGCCCACCUUUUCAGUCUCAAUUGUUGCUCUUCUUGAAACACUCCAAAUAUUUGGCAUCGCUGAAGCUUCCACCUCAGCUCGUAAUCCCUACGGUGGAUUUUCAUCGUCGUACGGAAACGCCUUCAACACCCCGGCUCUGGCACUCGGAGGCACAUGUCGAAUUUCAUACCAAGAGGCUGGCGCACCGCUCACUAUCACCAUUCAGGAGGGAUCAGUCACCACAACAUGUGAGAUGAACACAUACCAAGCUCAUGAUGAGUAUGGUGACGAUGGCGGAAUCCCUUUGGACCGGAACGCGCUUUGUUUGAAAGCCAUCAUGCGGAGUACUUGGCUGAGUGAUGCCAUUGGAGAGCUCUCAGGUACCAACCCAACUGUUCUUGCGAUCAACGCGUCAAGCCGCUCUGCUCCUUUCUUUUCAUUAGAGGGUGAAGGGGGUCCAUUUGGCGAUAGUACUGUGGAUUUUAUGCCCGAGUCGAAGCACGAGCCUACUCCCAGCGGACCGAGAGCAAAGAAGCAGCCCUUGGUCACGGAAACAUUUUCGGUGGUUGCACCAUCUGGAAGCCACGGCAGGGUCUGCCAGAAAUACAAGUUCGACAUGAUCAAGAGGGCGGGGAGGGCCAUGGCCUUGGCCAGCAAAGUCAGCAUUCGUCAAGAUCAACAAGGAGUACUUAGCCUGCAGUUCAUGAUUGACUUGGGGGACGGUGCUAAUGCCGGCCUACGACGAGAUGACGGUACGGCCGUCAAUGCACCACCUACACCUGGCAGUGUCGCGUUUGUUGAUUUUAGAUUUGUUCCACUCCUGGAUGAUGACGAGGAGGCCGGAAGCAGUGCCGAGCUUGAGGAUGAAACGUCUGAAGACCUGGACCUGGAACCAGACAAUGGAAGUCCUUGA